AUGGCCUACCCCCAAACGUCCUUUCGGAACACCGCGUUCCACGGCCCGUCGCUGCUCCAGACGCGCCGCACCACCGUCCGCACCGUGACCCUGCAGGCGCAGCUGGCGAUGCUCAAGAGCACCGGCCGCUUCGACGCCUUCAAGCUGCAGUGGCACCCCAUCUACGACGACACGUCGCAGUGGCCGGUGCCCAAGCACCUGUUCUGGGACAGCGACUGCGCCAAGUGGAUCGAGGCGGCCUGCUACGGCCUGGCCGACACGUACGACGCCGAGAUCGACGCCGCCGUCCAGGCGCUGGUCGAGAUGAUCCGCGGCGCGCAGCAGCCGGACGGCUACCUCAACAUCCACUACACCGUGGUCGCGCCGGGCCGGCGGUGGACCAAUCUGCGGGACAUGCACGAGCUGUACAACGCCGGCCAUCUGAUCGAGGCCGCGCUGGCGCACCGCGCCUACUACAAGAACGAGCUGCUGAUGGAGCCCAUGCACAAGUACGUGCGGCACAUCCACGACACCUUUGGCCCGGACGCGCACAAGCGCCACGGCUACUGCGGCCACCCGGAGAUUGAGCUGGCUCUCGUGCGGAUGCACCGGGCCACGGGCAGCCAGCAGGCGUACGACCUGGCCGCGUAUUUUGUCCAGGAGCGCGGCAACCCGACCGGCCAGGACGGCCGCCACUACUACGACGUCGAGGGCGACGAGCGCGGCGAGAGUCCCUGGAUGCGGCCCGACCCGUACCCGGUCCAGCGCGCCUACUGGUACAACCAGGCGCACGCGCCGCUCCUCCAGCAGGCCACCAUCGAGGGCCACUCCGUGCGCGCCGUCUACCUCUUGACGGCCGUGGCCGACCUGCUGGUCGACCGUCCCGCGACCACGACCACCACCACACUGGCCAACGUCGACGACUGGCUUGCGACCGUCGCCCGCCUCUGGAACAACAUGGCCGACAAAAAGAUGUACCUGACAGGCGGCAUCGGCGCCGUCCCCGCGUGGGAGGGCUUCGGGCGGGACUACGUUCUGCCGCAGGGCACGGACGACGGCGGCGGCUAUGCCGAGACCUGCGCCUCGAUCGGCGCCAUCAUGCUGGCCGAGCGGCUGCUGCACCUGGACCUCGACAGCCGCUACGCCGACGUGCUCGAGCUGUCGCUCUACAACGUCGUCAUGACGGCCAUGGACCUGCAGGGCCGCGCCUUUACGUACGACAACCAGCUGGCCAGCUCCGCCGAGAAGCCGAGCCGCCGCGAAGAGUGGUUCGAGUGCGCCUGCUGCCCGCCCAACGUGAGUCGGCUGUAUGGGAGCCUCGGCGGCUAUCUGUGGGACUUUGGGGCGGACGGCGCCGGCGCCGCACAUGUCAACGUCCACCUCUACACGACCGCCCGGCUGUCUUUUGACGUCGACGGCCAGCCCCUUGUGCUGGAGCAGACGUCCGACUGGCCGUGGAGCGGCAAGGUCACCUUUCGCCUCGACAACCCGGCCAAGGCGAAGACGACGCUGCGGCUUCGCAUCCCCGCGUGGGCCAAGGGACAGUUUACGCUCACCCCCAACCUCCCUGGCGCAGCGGUCGAAAAAGGUUACGUGGUCCUGCCGCCCGCCUACCUCGCGACCAACACCGCCUUCGCCCUCGACGUCCACGGCUUCCGCCCGCGCUUCCUCGCGCCGCAUCCCUACACGCACCAGCGCACCCUGACGCUCGCACGCGGGCCCCUCGUCUACUGCGUCGAGGACGCCGACAACCCCUGGGAGACCAACCACUUCAAAGACGUGGCCGUCUCCGCCGACAACAACGUCGAGGAAGAAGAGCGCGUCGACGCGGCCACGGGCGAACGCUACAUUGCCCUGCGCACCACCGGCUACGUCUUGACGGAUGAGCGGGCCAAGUGGGCCGACAAGGUGCCGGGCGGUCUUCCGGGCAUGGAGGUGGAGAGGGACGCCGAAGGCGCGGGGACCAAAGCAGCGGCGAAGACGAAACGGACGCUCGUCUUCAUCCCCUACUACUAUCGGGCCAACCGCGGCGGCCACGGCCACAUGCGCGUGGGACUGAAUGCGGUCUGA